GCGAGGAGAAUCACAGCAGCCCAGCUCGCGCUGCUGAGGAUAAUACUGGGACUGGGACUUUACGCUGCUCUUUCCGGGCUGACUUUUCAUUGAAAAGAGAAAAAGACAAAAAAAAAAAAGAGAGACAAAAAGACAAAAAAAAUCCCAACCGAUUUUGGAAAUACUUUUUUGGUGAACUUAAAAAAGGAUGUAUAUCUGCUAAAACUCUGCUCAAAACGCAGGAAACUUUUCCACAGAAAUGGAAGGGAAUAUUCUAUGGAUUAUUUUGCCGCUUUUAUGGUUUAUGCAUGCUGGUGAAGGGUUCCGAUGUGUGGAUAAGUACAAACCUUGUGAAAAUGGAGGGACAUGCAUAGAUUCACCUUCACCUUUAUGCAAAUGUCGGCCCGGAUUCAUCGGUCCUCUCUGUCGACACCCGGAUCCCUGUUACAGAUCACCAUGUCUAAACGGGGCAGCUUGCAAGAGCGAUGUGGUCAAUGGCAUCCCACAGUACACUUGUGUGUGUCAAAGAGGGUUCAGAGGCCAAGACUGCUCCCAAAUUGACGCCUGUGCCACUAGUCCCUGUGCCAAUGGAGCCCGUUGUGUCAAUUGGAAUAACCACUACAACUGCUCCUGCCCACCCGGCUACCAGGGAAAGAACUGUCACUCUGACAUAGAUGAGUGUCGCAAGCCUGGCUUGUGCCUCAACGGUGGCCUCUGCCUUAACUCCCAUGGGUCGUACCGGUGCCAGUGCCAACCAGGAUACAGUGGCCGGACAUGUGAGGUGUCCACUCUACCUUGCGCCCCAUCUCAGUGCCUUAACGGUGGCACCUGCCGACAGACGAGUGACCAUUCCUACGAGUGCGCUUGCCUUCCAGGGUUUGAGGGACACAACUGUGAGAGUAAUGUGGACGACUGUCCGGGUCACAAGUGCAUUAAUGGAGGAAUAUGUGUGGAUGGGGUCAACACAUACAAUUGCCAGUGUCUGCCAGAAUGGACAGGACAAUACUGUGCUGAGGAUGUCAACGAGUGCCUCAUGCAACCAAACGCCUGCCAUAACGGAGGUACCUGCUUCAACACCAUUGGCGGCCACAACUGUGUCUGCGUGAAUGGCUGGACUGGAGAUGACUGCAGUGAGAACAUUGAUGACUGCGCAACAGCCGUCUGCUUUAAUGGUGCCACCUGCCAUGACCGAGUAGCAUCCUUCUUCUGCGAGUGCCCAGUUGGAAAGACAGGUUUGCUGUGCCACCUUGAUGAUGCGUGUGUGAGCAAUCCCUGCAACGAGGGUGCAGUGUGUGACACCAAUCCUCUUAAUGGUCGUGCCAUUUGCACAUGUCCUGCUGGUUUUGUGGGAGGUGCCUGCAACCAGGACAUGGAUGAAUGCUCUAUUGGUGCAAACCCAUGUGAGCAUUUUGGAAAAUGUGUGAACACGGAGGGCUCCUUCCAGUGUCAGUGUGGCCGUGGAUACGCCGGCCCACGUUGUGAGAUUGACAUCAAUGAAUGCCUGUCCAUGCCUUGCCAGAACGAUGCCACCUGCCUGGACCGCAUUGGAGAGUUCACCUGUAUCUGCAUGCCAGGCUACACGGGGACGUACUGCGAGAUUGAUGUAAAUGAGUGUGAGAGCAACCCGUGCGUAAAUGACGGCAUCUGUCGGGACAUGGUCAAUGGUUUCACAUGCACCUGCCAGCCAGGCUUUACUGGCAUCAUGUGUCAAGUCGACAUAGAUGAGUGCGCCAGCACGCCCUGCCAGAAUGGAGCAAAAUGCUACGACCGGCCCAAUGGGUUCGAGUGCCGCUGUGCCGAAGGUUAUGAAGGGAGACUUUGUGAGAGUAAUAUCAACAACUGUCAACCCGACCCAUGCCACCACGGCACCUGCGUGGACGGCAUCGCUAGCUACACGUGUAACUGUGACGCAGGCUACACCGGCUAUCGCUGUGAGAACCAGCUCAACGAAUGCCACAGCAACCCUUGUCAAAAUGGGGGUAAAUGUGUAGACUUGGUCAAUAAAUACAUCUGCCAGUGCCAGCAUGGAACCUCAGGCACAAACUGUGAGAUAAACUUUGAUGACUGUGCCAGUAAUCCGUGUGAUUUUGGCAUCUGCAAAGAUGGCAUCAAUCGUUACGACUGUGUUUGCAAACCUGGCUUCACUGGUCCUAAAUGUAAUGUGGAAAUAGAUGAAUGUGCAUCCAGCCCAUGUAGAAAUGGGGGAACGUGUGUUGAUGAAGAGAAUGGAUUUCACUGCCAGUGUCCUGAGGGUUUUAAGCCCCCUUACUGUUACUCCCAGGUGGAUGAAUGUGGCAGCAGCCCAUGCGUCCAUGGGGCAUGCAGGGAUGACAUCAAAGGUUACCGCUGUGACUGUGAACCUGGCUGGGUUGGGAAAAACUGUGACAUCGACAGGAACGACUGUUUGCCGAGUCCUUGCCAGAAUUCUGGCACAUGCAUUGAUCUGCUCAAUGGUUUCACCUGCAAAUGUCGCCAGGGUUACAGAGGUAAUCUCUGUCAGGUGAACAUCAAUGAAUGUGCAUCCAACCCCUGUCUGAACAAGGGCACCUGUGUGGACGAGAUUGCAAGUUUCACCUGCAUGUGCGAGCUUCCUUACAGUGGACCCACAUGUGCUGAGGUCCUCACCCCUUGCUCCCCUAACCCUUGUGCAAACCAUGGAGUCUGCACACACACAUCAGACUAUAUGGGCUAUCAGUGCAACUGCCAGCCGGGGUGGCAAGGCCAGUUGUGUAACAUAGAUGUGAAUGAAUGCAUCUCAAACCCCUGCAAAAACCGUGGGACCUGCACUAACAUGCUCGGAGACUUCGUUUGCUCUUGCAGAGGAGGAUAUACCGGGCUGACCUGUGAAACAGACAUCAAUGACUGUGUUCCUAAUCCCUGCUUAAAUGGAGGUUCCUGCGCAGAUGGGAUAAAUUCAUAUCAUUGUAGCUGCCUGGCAGGUUUCACAGGCCUCCGAUGCGCUCAAGAGAUCAAUGAAUGCCAGAGCACCCCCUGUAAAAACGGAGGCACCUGCACAGACUACGUCAACUCGUACACUUGCACAUGUCGGCCUGGCUUUACUGGUAUCCACUGCGAAACCAACAUCCCUGACUGCACUGAAAGCUCUUGCUUCAAUGGAGGGACAUGCACAGAUAAAAUCAAUGGCUACACCUGCACGUGCCGGUCAGGCUUCACCGGCUCCCACUGCCAGUAUGAGGUUAAUGAGUGCGACUCCCAGCCGUGUCUCAAUGGAGGCUUAUGCCAAGAUGCUCUUGAGUCCUUCCGUUGCUCCUGCCCCAAGGCCUAUACUGGCAGUCGCUGCCAGAUGCCAGUUGAAUGGUGCAGACGCUCGUCUCCAUGCCAGAAUGGUGGACGGUGUCGUCAAAAAGAUGCUUCCUUCAUUUGCGACUGUACAAAUGGUUGGUCUGGGCAUUACUGUGAUAUCCCCAGAGUUUCCUGUGAGACAGCCGCUCGACAGCGAGGGAUCCAAACAGAUGAACUCUGCCACCAUGGUGGUCACUGUGUCAACAGUGGGAAUACCCACUAUUGCAAAUGUCCCGCUGACUACACUGGGAGCUAUUGUGAAAGUCAGGUGGACCAUUGUGAAGACAAACCUUGUCGCAACGGUGCCACCUGCAGGCCGUAUGUCGGCAGUUACCACUGUGACUGUAUGCCAGGAUAUACCGGGAAGAACUGCGACAUAGAUAUCAAUGAAUGCCAGUCUCAUCCAUGUCAGAAUGGAGGCACCUGCAUUGACCUGGUGGGACAUUACAUCUGCUCCUGUCCUCCUGGCACACUGGGUGUUCUCUGUGAGAUCAAUGAAGAUGAUUGUGCUCCACCCCUGAGGCUGCGCGGGGCUUCUCCAAAGUGCCUGAACAAUGGUACCUGUGUGGACAGAGUGGGUGGUUAUCGCUGCAAUUGUCCCCCUGGUUUCACAGGAGAACGAUGUGAGGGAGACAUAAACGAGUGUCUCUCUAACCCCUGCAGUCCCUCCAACAGUCUUGACUGCAUCCAGUUGCCCAACGAUUACCAAUGUGUCUGCAAGCCCGGCUUCACAGGUCGGAGGUGUCAGAACAGGUUCAGUGUAUGCGAGUCUCAACCUUGUCAGAAUGGAGGAGCCUGCUCUGUAACCAGCAGCUCUUCCCUCGGAUACACCUGCACAUGCCAACUUGGUUACACUGGUCCAAACUGCGAUCGGAGCAUGUCCUGUCGAGAGCUGUCCUGUUACAACAGAGGAAGCUGCACGCUCACCACAAGGGGCGCGCGUUGCGCCUGCCUGCCAGGCUACGGCGGGCCCCAGUGCCAACAUCGUAGUAAUGAAGGGUGUGCCUCGCAGCCAUGCCGAAAUGGAGGGAUGUGCACCGAAGAGACAAGCUUCCCGUUCUUCCACUGCCAGUGUCUCAGCGGCUGGACGGGCAAGCGGUGUGAGCAGAGCAGCUCGUCUGAGCUCCCGGCGCCCUCGUGCCCUCUGGCAGACUGUCACGGCAAGGCCAACGAUGGAGUCUGUGACAAGGAGUGUAACACAAAACUUUGUCAGUGGGAUGGUGGUGACUGCUCUCUGGCAACCAAUCCCUGGGCUCAUUGUCCAGACCCUCGCUGCUGGCGCGUCUUCAACAACAGCCAGUGUGACGAGUCCUGCAACAAUGCUGAAUGCCUGUACGACAACUUCGACUGCAAAACCAAAGAAAAAGUUUGCAAUCCUAUCUAUGAAACCUACUGUAUCGACCACUACGCUGACGGGGAGUGUGACCAGGGCUGCAACACAGAGGAGUGCGGUUGGGACGGCUUAGACUGCGCUCAGAAGGUUCCAGAAGAGCUUGCAGAUGGAGUCUUAGUUUUGGUGGUACUCAUGCCUCCAGAGGAGCUUCUCCGCAGCGGCACAGCCUUUUUGCAGAAAUUGAGUGCCAUCCUGCACACUUCGGUACGCUUCAGGUUGGACAAAAACGGCGAUGCCAUGAUCCGUCCCUACACACGGCAAGGGUCGCGGCUCAAACGCGAAUUGGAGCCUCGACAAGAGGUCAUCGGGUCCAUAGUCUAUGUAGAGAUAGACAACCGCUUGUGUUCUCAGGGCUCUGAGGAUUGUUUCCCCUCAGCUCAGACUGCUGCAGAGUACCUGGGAGCCCUGUCUGCAGUAGAGAUGCUCCGUUUCCCUUAUCCCCUCAAGGAAGUCCGUGGUGAAAAGCUACCUUACCCUACUGAGAUUCCACCGUGGGUCAAGCUGAUCAUGGCAGGGAUAGCUGCUCUUUUCAUUUUGGUCAUUCUAGUGAUAGGCAUGUUGAUUACGCGUAGAAAGAGAGAACACAGCACCCUCUGGUUCCCCGAGGGCUUCUUCCUCAAGAAAGAACCCAGCAGCAACAAAAACCGCAGAGAACCUGUGGGCCAGGAUGCUCUUGGAAUGAAACACAUGCCAAAGACUGUGGAGGAAUCUUUACUUGGAGAUCACAGUGACCAAUGGAUGGACUCCGACUGCCCAGAAGCAAAAAGGCUCAAGGUUGAAGAGCCGAGCUUGCUCUCAGACAGCGAAGACCCAGUGGACUGCAGACAGUGGACACAGCACCACCUUGCAGCUGCAGACAUUCGCGUACCCCCCACCAUGGCUCUUACACCUCCUCAAGGAGAGUUUGAAAGUGACUGCAUGGACGUCAAUGUCCGAGGUCCAGAUGGUUUUACACCACUGAUGCUGGCAUCAUUCUGUGGAGGCUUAGAGCCUGAGAUAGCAGAGGAGGAGGAGCCUGAGGAGUGCUCCGCCAACAUUAUCUCCGACCUCAUCUAUCAGGGAGCAUCCCUCGCUGCCCAAACAGACCGCACUGGUGAGACAGCGCUCCACCUGGCUGCUCGCUAUGCCCGCGCUGAUGCUGCCAAAAGGCUGCUGGAUGCCGGGGCAGAUGCCAAUGCUCAAGACAACACAGGACGCACCCCGCUGCACGCUGCAGUGGCUGCAGAUGCACAGGGAGUUUUCCAGAUCCUGAUCCGCAAUCGCGCCACAGAUCUUGACUCCCGGAUGUACGACGGCUCCACUGCACUAAUCCUGGCUGCACGGCUGGCGGUGGAGGGCAUGGUCGAGGAACUCAUCACUUGUCAUGCUGACGUCAACGCUGUUGAUGAACUGGGUAAAUCUGCUUUGCACUGGGCUGCUGCUGUUAACAAUUUGGAUGCCACUGUUGCCCUCCUGAAGAACGGUGCAAACAAAGAUAUGCAAGAUCUCAAGGAGGAAACACCUCUGUUCCUUGCAGCUCGCGAGGGCAGCUGUGAGGCGGUCAAGGUGCUGCUUGCUCACUUUGCAAACAGAGAAAUCACCGAUCACAUGGACAGGUUGCCCAGAGACAUUGCUCAGGAGCGUAUGCACCACGACAUUGUGCAGCUUCUCGAUGAGUAUAACACCGUACGGAGUCCCCAGGGCCAUGGAGGGGCCGGACACCACCUCGCUGGGGGCCACACUCUGUCACCACUCAUGUGCCCGCCCAGUGCCUUCCUUCCCAGUCUGAAAAACACCCCGCAGGGCAAGAAGAACCGCCGGCCCGGGGCCAAGGGAUCCAGUCUGGGAGGCCAGCAUGCAGCCAGUCUGAAGGAGUCUGUAAAGGCUCGAAACAAGAAGCUAUCCCUGGACAUGCAGAGUGCCUUACUGGAUAGCUCAGUUACUCUAUCCCCAGUUGACUCACUUGACUCACCCCAUGGAGGAGCAAGCAAUGCUGGCUAUAUCACCAACCCCACAUCCCCUGUGGCCAUGCAGUCACCAGGGCUUUACCACACGUCCAUGUCCGUUCCAAGCACCCCGAUGGUACACAGUAGCAUGUUGGAAGGAGGCGGCCCCUUUGCAGUUUCUCUCGCCCAAAUCAACGACCUGGGAGCUGGGAUGUCUUUGCAGGGCCGCGUUUCCAUGGCUUCGGAUGUCAAUCACAGCUACGUGUUGAGUUCAGGCCAGAUGGGGCUCAACAUGGGUAUGGUCAGUCCUGUGAGCGUGCCCUUCGACUGGCACACGCGCAUGCCCCCGUCUUCCCAGUGUGGUCAGCAAGUGGUGAAUAUUGUGCAGAAUAGCCAGGCAGGCAUGCACCCCCAGAGCCCGGCCAUGCAGCAGAGCAUGCUGAUACACCAACAGCAGCUCUACCGCAGCCCCAUGCUGCAACCCACACCCGUUACCUCCACACCAACCAUCAGCCCGGUGAAGAUGCCGUCCAUUGCUGAGCAGCAGCAGCAGCUCAUUAAUCACAGCAUCUCUACCCAGCAAAGCCUUGCCCGUAUGGGUACUUCAACUCCACCCACCCCCCAGACCUCGCAGGCCCCACAGUCCUUCUUCCAGCAUCUGCCUCAGCAACCCUCGCAGCCGCAAGCCCCCGCUCAGCCUCCCCAAGGAGCCACGCCAACAUCCCAACCCACUCAGCCUCUUCCAUCCCAGCCGAGCAGCAGCACUGCAGGAAAGGAGGAUUAUCCAACCCCUCCCUCCCAGCACAGCUAUUCAUCAGCACUAGAUGCCACACCCAAGCAUUACCACAAUUUGCCGAGUGAGCACCCCUAUCUGACCCCUUCUCCAGAGUCUCCCGAGCACUGGUCCAGUCCCUCUCCUCAUUGUGUCUCUGAUUGGUCAGAUUCCACACCGAGCCCAGCAGUUACUGUCCCCAAUCAGACCCAAAUUACUCAAAUUCCAGAGGCAAAUGGCAAAAUGCAGGUUUUUGCAUGAAGAGCCGAUGGCUUCAGCCUGAAAAGGGACCUGGAGUAAAGAAAUCUGUGGACUGGCUCUGGGGCCUGUCCCGGUUUUUAUGUGUCAGCCUAUUUCCAAGAUUUUCAUUGGAUUUGGAUUGACUGUGUUUAUCACGAGGACUGUCUGCUAGUGAUUUUUGCAGAGAAAAAAAAGUAAAGGGAAACGUGUGUUGUCUGAAAAAACAGCAGACAAUUUAAUGAAGUAAUUCUGUCACAGAUGGACUUAUUUUUUAUUAUUAAAAAAAAAAAAGUAUAUGAAGAAAAACCAAGUCUUUAAUUUCAAAGGCUUAGGGACACUCUCCAGAAAUCUAACAUUUAAAAAGUAGAUAAGGGAAAAAAGUGAAAUGUUGAAGGGAAUUCAUUUAUUUUUAUUUAUUGUUUUUAUCUAUCUGAACUGCUUUAUAGUCUUCCUUUCUGUUCUAGUUUCUCAUAUAAAGUGCCAUCAAAUGUUAAAAUGGUUGUAGAAAAUACAUUUCAAGAGUUGCUCUGCAGUAGUUAUGUUUGAUUGAGUUGUGGUAAAUAAUUACUUUCUAUUUGAGUAUUAUGAACAAGAAUGUAGAUAAGUGUCUCUGAAGCACUUCAAGUGACCAGCCUCGUCGGGCAAGUCUGGGUCAAAUGCAACACAAGUCAGAAACAACAAUGGAUAUUAUAUAUUAUAUAGGGGGGCAGUGAAUCCAUGCUAACUCUCCUCACAACAUUAAAGAAAAAGAAAAUGUAAGGUUUGAUGCUUCCGUAUUAUAGCGUCUCACUGAUGUUAAAGAACUCUUACUGCCAACUGUGAUAUCUUUGGUUUUUAAGCAUUUCCAUUCUAUUUAUGUUUCACACAAAACGUAUUUGCUUAAAAAAAAAUGUGCCUCUCACUGCCCUAAUGUUUUAUUAUUUUCCUGUUUAUUUGUAUAUUGGAAUUCAUGGAAAACCAUGAAUAACCUUGUUUUGUUCUCUUUCUCGUUUUUUAAACAUCACUUUAGAUGUUUUAAGCUAUGCUUAUAUUGGCUGCUAUGUUUUUAUCACUCUUCCCUGCAAACAUUCCUCCACUGUUCCUGUCUUGUUGAGUGCGGACGCUUUGCCUUUAGGAGACAUGCAACACAGAACAAAAACCAGACGGACUGGUUGAAUUUGUUAUGCCCAUAUCCUGUCUUUGAUUGGAUUAAAUAGACUGUCAGCAGCAGUUGAGAUCUCGGUGGCACUCGGUGGUCGGUGUGGGGGGGGUGUGGCUGCCGGGCUGUGACUGAUUCUGUCCCGUCACUCCUCAGGGAGGUGUUUUUUAUGGCAUGCUGAGGGACCGUUCCCCUGCAUCUACAGUAGCCUCAAGUCCAGGGGCCAUGGAGCUGCAUCGUAAGAGACUGAGGAAAAGAAAAAAAAAACACUACUAUGUAGUGCUGAACCUUUAAAACUUUUACAAAAUUCUGAGAUGACACUCCCAGUGAUUCACUUUACGCCUUGCGUAAUGGCUGACCAAGUUUUUUUACUUCCAUGUGACCUGAACAUGUAGGAGAGGUUUUCCUCUCGUUAACAUUUUGUGCACAUUUCAACAAGGUCGUUUGAUAUUGGUAGAGAGAGUAACUUUUGCAUUUUUUACCUUGUUUCAUCCUGAGCAGAGAAGAGUAGGCUACCACUCCUAGGUACUACUUUUUGGUGACUUAAACGCUGCCCCUAGAUGUGUCAUAGACCGAGUUUUCACUGUUUUGUUUCGUUUAUAAUAGAACCGGCUGCUGUUGUUGAUGUCCGUGGUCCAGUUCCCAUCUUACUUACAAAUGGAACAGUUUUGUUUGUAUGUUUAAUUUUAUAUAUUACUGUCUUACAAUUUCCCUACCAGGUCGCACUAAGUGUUUUGUACAUUCAACCUCUCAGUUUCUGUUUGUAAAUAUGAUUGUUCUGGGUAGAUGAGAAGUCUUAUGUUUCUAAAAAUGAUUGUUAUGUACUAAAAAGGACAAAAAUAAAGUGUACUCCAUUUAGCAUUA